UUAACCGUAAACAAUGAAUUUUAUAUAUAAAGAAGAAAAUAGUUUUGAGAAACGAAAAGCAGAAGGUGAAAAAAUACGACGAAAAUAUCCAGAUCGAGUGCCGGUUAUUGUUGAGAAAGCACCAAAAACACAUAUUGGUGAUCUAGAUAAACGAAAGUAUUUGGUGCCAUCGGAUUUAACGGUUGGCCAAUUUUAUUUUUUGAUAAGAAAGCGUAUACAUUUAAGACCCGAAGAUGCGUUAUUCUUUUUUGUAAAUAAUUUGAUACCACCAACGUCUACUACAAUGGGCACUCUUUACAGUGAUCAUCAUGAAGAGGAUUUCUUUUUGUAUGUGGCAUAUUCUGACGAAAAUGUUUAUGGAUUUUUUUAAGCAUGAUUGAUUGUGUUUGUGCCAGUGGUCCCCGUGGUCCCCUUAAAAAAAUUAUGUGUUGGUGAAAUUUGAUUUUUUUUUUUGGAUAUUGAGAAGCAUUCCACCAACUAGGAUAGUAAAUUUCAAAAAAAGCGUUGAUUUUUUUU